AUGGUCAACACGGAACUCAGGUUUGGCAGCCUGCCGUGGGAUAGAAAGCCGGACGUGUGGAGAGUAGGCGAAGGGUUAAGUCAUGACCGCAUCCAAAUGCUGCUGCAUGGGGCAGAGCAGGGACCGGGGGGAGCCCCCAUGCCGGCGGCGGCUCCAACCAGAGCGCCGAAGAUAGCGUUCAUGUUCCUGACACGUGGCACCAUCCCGCUAGAAAGCGUUUGGGACCGCUUCUUCCAGGGUUACGAAUGGUUGUAUUCUAUCUACGUACAUUCCCGUCCCGGCUUUACCCUCAACGAGACAACCAGCAACAGCACUGUAUUCCGGGGCCGCAGCAUCCCAAGUGAAGAGGUGUUCUGGGGCGGUAUCACCGUAAUCGACGCAGAGAGGCGAUUGCUUGCACGCGCCCUGCGGGACCCCCUCAACGAAAGAUUUGUCCUCGUAUCAGAGACGUGCAUACCUGUGUGGACCUUCCCGUACGCGUACGAGUACCUCAUGGGGACCGGAGUCAGUAUGCUAGACAGCUUCAUCGACGGCGGCCCGGUCGUACUGGGGCGCUACCAGCCGUUGAUGGCGCCGGAGGUCAGCGCGUGCGAGUGGCGGAAAGGGUCGCAGUGGUUCGCGCUCACUCGACGGCACGCGUCAAUCGUCGUGCGGGACAGAAAGUACUAUCCAAAGUUCCGGGACCACUGCCUGAACGACCCUGCUCACAACUUCUGCUACCCUGACGAGCAUUACCUCCCGACUCUCAUGAACGCGCUGGAUCCUGCUGGUAUUGCCAACCGGAGCACCACGUUCGUCAAGUGGUACCCACACUCGGCGCACCCAUUCCUCUUUCACUCGGAGCACUUGACGGCGGACGUAAUCGAGACCGUAAAGGACUUAACCAAGUACGGUCCCAUGCCGUGCCUGUGGAACGGCCGCCUGCGCCCGUGCUUCCUCUUCAUGAGGAAGAUAGACCUGGACGCCCUCCCGAAGAUCCUUAAGAUGCCUAGACACCCUCUGAGCUUCCGCAUGGCGAGCAAAAAUGCGCGUAUGCGCUCAGGAGGGCCCUUGCAGAAAGGCCAAUCCAGCGACAGCUUUGGUGGCGUCAGCUUUGAGGCGCUCUGUCCGGAGCUUCUGGAUUGCAUCUUGCAGAAGGCCAUCAAAAAGCAUCCAAUCAGCUUGAAGCAUCUGGUGCGAGUCAACAAAGCCUUCCGGGACUCUGCAUGGCGGUGCACAACAACUCUCGUGAUUCCUAACCCUCGCUUUAGGGGCAAUGAUGAGUCGGAAGCAGAUGUGAGUGCAGCCUUGUUGGAAGAGACUAAACUUCGACCAAACCUGUCGAAACUGGUCACGGGAAGCGAGGUCGAAGGGCGCCUUUGGCCAGCUCUUUCAGCCGUUCGGUGGAGCAGCAUGGAGGCAAGUAUCUCGGAGGGAAGCAUCAGCGGUUUUGUCAAGCUCCAUUUGGUGUCGAGGGACUCUCUGAGAAGACUGGAGAUUGCAUUGGACGGAUGCUGGAGGUACCAUUACGACAUCCUGUACUUCUUGCAAGCCUUUCCGAUGCUAGAGAGCCUGAUCCUUCGUGGAGAGCGAUGCUUCCCAGGACCGAGCUGGGCCCACACUGGAAAAGAUUACGAGCGCCUGAUGGAGAACCCAAACAGUCUUACCAGUCUGGACUUUACCGACAUCGACUUCGAAGAUCUGGCGCAUGCUUCGUCUUUCCUGCCAGCUUCCCUGCGCGAUCUUCGCUGUCUGAGGCUCCAGUGCGGCAAGGAUAGGUAUAAUGUAGAGAAUUCCGGAUCAGCGAGGCCCGCAUUACCGUUCGACGUUCUUUCCACACCCCUGGCGCAUCUCCAGACCCUGCGCCUCGACGCUUGGGAUCACCGCUCUUCCGGUUCCAUGCUCGAGAAGGUGGCGCAGUCUUGCCCCAAUCUGCAGAGGCUUUUCCUUCACGCCAGUCCGCACUCUACGGACCGCUGCACCGCAGCUGUGAGGCCCAUUCUGCAGCUUCCUGAGUUCUCGGAAAAGUGUCCCGACUUGAAAGAGCUUGUAAUCAGCCGAGGCGAAGUGAUCUGGCGGGGCCAUUUCUUAGCCCUUGCUCGUGAACACGGCUUGAAAAUGAGGACGUCCGAAUCAAAGAUACUCAUUGUCGAUGACGAAAGGUGUGAGGGGAGGGAACGUUGCGGGGCCCUGUGCUCCGUGACCGUGCUUCGUUGCAUCCUUCCACACAAAGCGCCCUGGAUUGACUGGGACGACACGGAAACUCGUAAGCGCGCUGUUGGGGAAGAGGCUACAGUCCGCAAGUGGUGCAAGGCGUUCUGUGCAGCGGACCCGUGA